AUGCCAUAUGCUAAUCUUACAACUUCGAAGAUUGGCCCUUUAGCUAUUGAACCUGGAAAAUAUUCUACAUUUGAUGCCAAAAUAGUGGUCAAUUUACCACCUGAAGAUUUUGAUCUUAUUAUUUCAUUUUUCGUUGGACUUCAAGGGGAAGUGGUUGUUAUUGAAAACAAGCCUUUGAAAGUGACUAUUUCGGAUGCACCUGUUAGUUUUUUUGAUCCAAAAUUUUUAUUUGUUCAAUUGAUUUUUACUCUUACCAUUGGAGCAAUAGGAUUUGCAAUUUAUUAUUUUGCAUUGGUUCCAUACAUUGAAGAUUCUUUAAAUACUUCUAGAAAGCAAAAUGUCUCCAAAAAAGUUAGUCAAGAAAAGAAGAAAAGUGUUAACCCUGGUAACAAAGGAUACGAUGAAUCAUGGAUCCCUUCUCACCAUUUGAAACCUUUAUCAAAUACAGAAGGGCUCACCUCAAAUAAGUUGAAAAAGACAUCUUAA